AUGCCACAACCUCUGACUACCAAUUUGAACGGUCGAACUCUAGAAGGAGGUGGUCAGCUGGUCCGCAUUGCCCUCGCAUUGUCGACAUUAACCAGUCGACCAGUCAGUAUCGAUCAUGUUCGUGGAAAUCGACAGGGAAAGAAAGGAUUAAAAGGAUCCCACGUCGCAGCCGUGAAGUUGCUAGGCGAGAUCAGCGACAGCAAAGUGUCGGGCAAUGAGAUCGGGUCCGAGACCUUGAAAUUCAUCCCAGAGCAUCAAAAAUCAAGUCAGGGCCCGUUGGUGGAUUUAGCACAAGUCGAGGUGCAGUCUGAAUACGACAUCCACCUCCCGACAGCAGGUGCCAUCUUCCUUGUCUUCCAAGCUCUUUAUCCAUACCUACUUCAUGUGGGAUCGAAGGCAGCUGCUCCGUUCAUUACCGUUACCAUCACAGGCGGAACCAAUGCGUCUUUCUCGCCUUCCUACGACUAUGCCUCACAGGUCCUUGUACCCAAUUUUGCAAAACUUGGACUACCUCCUCUUUUCAUUUUGCUCCACAAGCGUGGCUGGUCAUCAGGGCCCGUUGAGCUCGGGUCAAUACAAUUCCUCAUUCAUCCAUUUGUGCACCAAGAUGCACCAGAUGCAGGACAGAGAGCCAAGUCACAAGUUGCAGGAUCCGGGUUUCCAUGGAUCAAUCUCACGGACCACAAGCGUGGGGGAAUCACCAAGAUCGACAUCACAAUUCUAGCACCAGAUUCACCAAUCAUCAAUGCAGGAGGGAGUGGAAUGACUGCCCGUCAAUACAUAGAGCAAGUUACCGAAAAGACCAUGCGCCGAACACUAAAGAAGUUGGAAUCGUCCACGUUUUCCGAUGGGUCGAACGCUGGGCUAAAAAAGGACGACCUUGAUCAAGGUUUUGCCGACGACACCCCCGUCCCGAUUGAGAUACACACGUCGGAAGCCACAAGCCACCGCAGUCAUGUAUACAUUCUCCUUGUGGCCCAUACCUCCUCAGGGUUCAGGAUAGGACAUGACGCUCUGGGCAGUCUACCCAAAGACCCAUUCGAUCAACGAAGAAAGCCAAGACACAAAGGGAAGCAAAAGCUACCGUCAAAGUCUCGAUCUCGAGCAGAAGCUGAUGCCUACGGGAUCAAGAGCCUGGUCGGCCGCUGUGUGGACGGAUUCAUUGAAGAGAUCUCGAAUCAGAGACCCAAUUCAGACGACUCCAGUCCGCCUUGGACUGCGCCGUGCUUAGACCGCCACAUGCGAGACCAGAUUGUCAUUUUUGAGGAACUAGGAAAGGCUUGCCACCCCGAGAUGGAGACAACCAGCGACGCCCUAGACGACAGGCGAGACUGGACCCUGCAUACGAAGACAGCGGAGUGGGUAUGUCGGCAGAUGCUGGGAAAUGGGUGA